AUGCAACUAGAGGAGGGGACAGAUGAUCAUCCGCUGCUGCCAACACAAACGAGCUGACAUCCGAAACCGAUGCUGCCUGCUGCCUCAACUUCUACGUUUAGCGACCGGUUAAGGACUACAAAUGAAGGUUUAUCGGAAAAAUAACCCCCUAACUCACUGAAAAAAACUGGAGAACCCCAGAUCGAGCUGUAAAUGUAUCGGCGUCGGAGAGCUCAGUAUGAAGAAGUCGGUUCGGCCUGUGGCGAGUAAGGUGAGCGGAGAGCGGGGGAAGGCGGAGGCCACGGUAAACACUGGCACUGGAAAACCUGCCGCCAAGACCGUCGGCACCACACCUCUGUCUAAGGUGAAAAGCAAUGAUGAUCUUUUAGCAGCAAUGGCUGGAGGAAAUCCUGCGUCGAGUAGUGCUGUCGCCAAGAGCAAGAGGACGGCCUCCAUAGGGACGAAUGCUACUAAUUUAGACAGCAAACCAAAGACAGCAACAGCUGCAUCUACCAAGCGUACAACAUCUGCAACUUCAAAAGAGCCAAAUUCAUCACGAGACCGCCUCCGGACGUCCAGGACUUCAGCUGCCAAGAAGCAGCUGGUUUCAGGGACUGCAGCGGGGGAUGUGGCCUCAGGGAAGCGAUCUCGCAGCCAGAUUCUAGCAGAGUCCGAAGGCCGCAUGAGCAAGUCUAAAUCAGACGGCCAGAUCAGCGAUAAGGUGGCUCUGGAGACCAAGGUGAAAGACCUGCUGGGUUUGGCUAAGAGCAAAGAUGUGGAGAUCCUGCACCUUCGCAGUGAGCUGAGGGACAUGAGGGCCCAGCUUCUUCUGGGCGGGAAGGAAUCACUACAGCAGGAUGGAGCUGGGGACGAAGGGAAGCCCCAGGUUUCAGCCAUCACAGCAGCUGAUGUGGAGUCAACUCUGCUACUCUUACAAGAGCAGAACCAGGCCAUCAGGGAAGAGCUCAAUCUGCUAAAGAGUGAGAACCGGAUGCUAAAAGACCGGCUCAAUGCAUUGGGCUUCUCCCUGGAGCAGAGGUUGGAUGGUUCAGACAAGCUGUUUAACUAUGCCUCCCUGAGCCCGGACCUCGCUGCAGGGCAAAGUGAUGGAGGUGGCACAGGUACGCUGACGUCUUCGGUUGAAGGGUCUGCCCCAGGUUCUCUGGAGGAUCUGCUCACAGGACACCAGCAUGGAGGCUCUGCAGACAACCUGGACAGUGAAUCCAGUGAAGUGUACCAGGCUGUCACCUCCAGUGAUGAUGCUCUGGAUGCUCCUUCUGGAGCUUCCUCCUCAUCUGAGUCAGAGUGUACACCCAGUAGAGAGCGUUCACGUAGGGGCAGCAGUGGCAAUGCCAGCGAGGUGUCAGUGGCCUGUCUGACCGAGCGCAUCCACCAGAUGGAGGAGAAUCAGCACAGUACGGCUGAGGAACUUCAGGCCACACUCCAAGAGCUAGCAGACCUGCAGCAAAUCACUCAAGAGCUGAAUGGUGAAAAUGAGCGGCUUGGUGAGGAGAAGGUUAUCCUCAUGGACUCGUUGUGCCAGCAGAGCGACAAACUGGAGCUCUACGGCCGACAGAUCGAGUACCUGCGGUCUUUGCUGGAUGAACAUCAUGUAUCAUAUGUGCUAGAGGAGGACAUUAAGAGUGGCCGCUACAUGGAGCUGGAACAGCGCUACGCAGACCUGGCAGAUAAUGCCCGCUUUGAGAGAGAACAGCUUCUGGGGGUACAACAGCACCUGUCCAACACAUUGAAGAUGGCCGAACAGGACAACGCUGAAGCCCAGGAGAUGAUUGGAGCACUGAAGGAGAGGAACCACCAAAUGGAGCGUAUCCUGGAGUCGGAGAGACAGGAUCGGGCUGCCAUGGCAGCUGCUCUUGAUGAGUACAAGGUGGCGGUGAGCAGCGAUCAGGCAGAGCUAAGCCGAUGCAGAGCCCAGCUGGACCAGGAGAGGCAGAGGGUGGCCGAGCUAUACUCCCUACACACUGCAGGAGACAAAAAUGACAUCUGUCAGCUGUUGGAAGGUGUGCGGCUGGGAAAGGAGGAGGCUGAGGCCAAAGCUGCAAAGCUGCAGGAUCAGCUAGAACAAGCUCACAGUGAACUGAAUCGGAUGCAGGAGACUUUCAGUAAGCUGGACAGGGAAUACAGGGACUUCCAAGAGCAGGUGCAGCAGCAGAUGGCCGAGCAGGAGCGAGGCCUGGAGAAGCAGCGAGUGGAGCUGCAGGAGAAAGAGACUGAGAUCGCUGACAUGAAGGAAACCAUCUUUGAGCUGGAGGAUGAGGUGGAGCAGCACCGAGCUCUUAAACUGCAUGACAACCUCAUCAUCACAGACCUCGAGAACUCAGUGAAGAAGCUGCAGGACCAGAAACACGACAUGGAGAGAGAGAUUAAAAUUCUUCACCGCAGACUGAGGGAGGAGUCGAUGGAGUGGCGUCAGUUUCAGGCCGAUCUACAGACGGCUGUUGUCAUUGCUAAUGAUAUCAAGUCGGAAGCACAGGAGGAGAUCGGAGACCUGCGGCGCCGGCUGCAGGAAGCCCAGGAGAAGAACGAGAAGCUGAGCAAGGAGCUGGACGAGGUCAAGAGCCGCAAGCAGGAGGAGGAGAGAGGCCGAGUGUACAACUACAUGAAUGCUGUGGAGAGGGACCUGGCAGCGCUUAGACAGGGGAUGGGUCUCAGCCGGCGCUCGUCCACUUCCUCAGAGCCCUCACCCACUGUCAAAACACUCAUCAAGAGCUUCGACAGUGCCUCUCAAGGUCCUCCCUCCAACGGUGCCUCAGCUGUGGCUCCGACAGCCUCAGCUGCUCCACUACCACGAACCCCACUCAGCCCCAGUCCUAUGAAGACCCCCCCAGCAGCCGCUGUUUCACCCAUACAGAGACACUCCAUAACUGGGUCGAUGUCAGCAGCCAAGCCACUCUCCUCUCUGAGUGACAAGAGGCCGAGCUACACUGAUAUCACCAUGCCAGCUGAGCACCUUCUCAGGGGAACGACGUCCAGCCGCCCCCAAUCUGUCCUCCAGAGGGUCUCCAACAUGGACUCCACCAAAUCAAUUUCAGUGUCCCGCCGGAGCAGUGAGGAGAUAAAAAGGGACAUAUCUGCUCCAGACGGGGCCUCCUCGACCUCCCUGAUGGCUAUGAGUGCGGCCUCCUCGCCUCUCUCCUUGUCCUCAUCAUCUCCCACCGCCUCCAUCACCCCCACAGCACGCAGCCGCCUCAGAGAGGAGCGAAAGGACCCGCUAUCUGCUCUGGCCAGAGAAUAUGGAGGCUCAAAGAGAAAUGCUUUGCUGAAAUGGUGCCAGAAGAAGACUGAGGGUUAUCAGAACAUCGACAUAACAAACUUCAGCAGCAGCUGGAAUGACGGCCUGGCGUUCUGUGCCGUCCUCCACACCUACCUGCCUGCCCACAUCCCCUACCAGGAGCUCACCAGCCAAGAGAAGAGGAGGAACUUCACCUUAGCUUUCCAGGCUGCGGAGAGCGUAGGGAUUAAAUGCACUUUGGACAUUAAUGAGAUGGUGCACACAGAGAGACCGGACUGGCAGAGCGUCAUGACUUACGUCACAGCCAUCUAUAAGUACUUUGAGACCUGACGUCACCGUGUCCGUCUCCAGCUCCACCCCUCCUGAGCUCUCAGCAACCUUCCAACCCCACAGUCAACUGUUAUACCUCACAAACCCCACCCCUUUGCAAACGCUAACACCCAGUCCCGCUGCAUGUCGGUCACAUCAGCCUUGGAUGCCGCUUUUCUAAGUAUUUUCGCUAAACACUAAAGUCACACCAGAAUCUGACUGGAGACACACAUGCUGCCAGUCCAAGGGCUUGUCUGUACGUCUGCUGUUACACUGGUAAGGCAUGAGGAGCGACUGGAGUGAAAACCUGCUGAAACGAGAGCAAACAGAGCAGCAAUGAGAAGCUGCAGAUCAUCGACUGAAGGUUCAGCACGAAAAACAAACUCAGUGCCUUUUUCCUGACUUUUCCCUCAUGUAAUAUCCCUCUACUCUUUACCCAGUUUCCAGCGUGUUCAAGGGGCAUUCCUCCAAAUCUGACGUAAAUUUCCAUCUUUGUUUGAUUGUGAAUAUUUUACGGGAAAACCUCUGCUUCUGUUGAACCAAAAGUUGGUGAUGUUGGAAUCCCCCUGAAUCCUGAAAAAUCCCCUUUGAACGGAGGUGAGACAGCCUUUUUGCACCAAGUCUUCCAGACGUACGAUACCGAUGCCUCUCUCUAAAUGGAUAAAGUGCCUGUGUGAGUUUUGAUGCAGGAGAGCAAGAGGCAGUGUCUUUACACUACACGUUAUGAAGCUGAAGAUGAGAGGAGUUGCCAAAACACGUUUGAGAGCCUUCGAAUUUUGCUCUUCAGGACAGACGGACGGAUGCAGCCUCUCGUCAACCAAUAACUGUUUGCCUCUGAAGCACAGAAAUAUGCUACAUUCACCACAGACACAUUUUCUCACACAACACUAACACUCUCAAUGAUGUUUUUUCUAAACUUAUAGCUGUAUAAUGUGAGUGUUUGCAUCUGUCGUGCACUUUGUGUACAAAAUAGAUCUUUCAUUAGGCACAUACAACUCGCAGCAUCACUUCAUUAUAACCAAAAUCUAAAAGAGUGAGUAGAAUGUAGGUUUUUGUUUUGUUUGUUUUUUGAUCGCUUGUGGUGUGUUUUGUAUUAGGGCUACACUUGAGAUGGAAAAAAUCUGUGAAUAAGGUAAUAAUAUUUCACCUAGAAAGUAGUAAUAAAUACUUGUGAGGAAAAAAAUUUAAAUAUAAAUAAAACGUAGUUGUAAUAUUUUGAAGCAAAACAGUUAUACAAGACA